AUGGCUAAAGCGAAUGCCAAAAUGGAAUUACGGGAUACUGUGACUGAGGCGGACGUCGAUAAUUCGAUUGCAUUGUUCCUGGAAGCGUUCAUCUCUACAGUUCCCAUGUCUCGAGGACCGGCAUUGAGACGAAAAUUUGAGGCAUAUACUCGAAAUGCGAGACAACGA